AGACACAUUCAUCAAUACUACAGUGAAGAUAUAACGAAAUACCUGAAUACGAAUUUAAGAAAGCAAAGCAAGAAAUAUUCGAAAAAAAAUGUAUUUUUCUAAAGUUUUAGUAGUCAUCAGUGCCUUGAUAGUCCUAGCAGCAAGCAAGGUGGUAAAAGUCCAAAACAAACGCUCAAAUUCACUAUUGGUGUCUGUAGGAGGAAGUGAAUAUACUGUAGCAGCAAAUUCUGUGGUAGCAGUGACCUUAGACGAUGAAUGGUCUGGUUCCAUUUCAGCUAUACCAGUAGAUGCCGAAGUAACUGAUGGACCUAAAACUCAAAUUGAUUUCUCCCUAAGCACCGCUGAAGAUUCUUACAGCGUCUCUUUAUUAAAUGGAUUCAAUCUUCCCGUUAAAGUCAUAGCAACCGGUUCAACAGCAUGUACUUCAUCUGUUUGUGCAGCCAAUAUACUACGCGUUUGUCCAACUGAUAGCCAAGUCCUAAACAGUACCGGUACAGUAGUAGCCUGUCAAAACUCGCCUUUGGUGAUGUCAAAUUUAUGCCCACUAGCGGUGGUUGAUGAGCUGACAUCUAUCGCCAACGUUCAAAAAUGUACCAGUGCCGUAGGUUACUUAGUUCUAUUUGUUUAAUUUUAAAAAUAGCUUAAAGUGUCUAUUAGAAUGCAUUAGUUGAUAAGUAGGUAUAUUUUAUUGUAAUUUUAUAAAUAUGAGUUAAAAAUAUAGUUAAUUUAUAAAUUCAAGAAAAAUAAAA